UCGCGGGGGUGGGCGGGGUGCGAAUGACUCGGGCCGGGGAGUACGGAACUCUGGCAGCCGCGGCGGCGCGCGUCGAGCCCCGCGCACAGGUGUGUGCCGCAAGCUAGGUGGGGCGACCGCACCCGCGCCCCGAGCCCGACCUAGCAGCCCGGCCCUUCCCGAGGAGAGCACGCGACGCUCCAGGCCGCCAGUUAAAGCGCAGAGGGCGAGGGCGGACGGCCACCGUCUUCUCUGUGCGCCCGGCUCCUGCUCUCCGCCGCCGAUCGUCCCUGCCCAGCUGCGGAGCUGUCCCUGGAAAAGAGAGUCUUCCCACUCCUGUCCGUGGAUAAAGAGGAACUGGGCUGGAAGCAUGUGGCCCAUCCUCAGAGGCUGGAAGAGGGGACGUGUGAGUCCACGUGGAGCCCUGGCACGGGCUGUGCUGGGCCAGGCAUGGCACCCCUGCGGCCGUGCCGUGGCCAGCGCUGCCUCGGUGGGCCAGGAUGAGUACAGCUUUGUGGUGGUGGGUGCGGGCUCAGCUGGCUGUGUGCUCGCCAACCGUCCCACCGAGGACCCGGACCACCGGGUGCUGCUGCUAGAGGCCGGUCCUAAGGACGUGGUGAUGGGGAGCAAGCAUCUCCAGUGGAAGAUCCACAUGCCUGCCGCCCUUGUAGCCAACCUGUGUGACGACAAGUACAACUGGUACUACCACACUGAGGCACAGCCAGGCCUGGACGGCCAAGUGUUAUACUGGCCACGCGGCCGGGUCUGGGGGGGAUCCUCAUCCCUCAACGCCAUGGUCUACAUCCGUGGACAUGCUGAGGACUAUAACCGCUGGCACGCCCAAGGUGCCGAGGGUUGGGACUAUGAGCACUCCCUGCCCUACUUCCGCAAGGCACAGAGACACGAGCUGGGACCCGACAGGUACCGCGGUGGUGACGGCCCACUGCACGUGUCUCGGGGCAAGACCAACCACCCCCUUCACCAGGCCUUCCUGCAGGCCACACAUCAGGCUGGCUACCCCUUCACCGAAGACAUGAAUGGCUUCCAGCAGGAGGGCUUCGGCUGGAUGGACAUGACCGUCCACUCAGGGGACGGAGCCACAUCCCAUCUUGAAACAGGAGGGUUCAUCCGCAGCCGGCCUGGGGUCCCCCACCCGGACAUUCAGUUCCACUUCCUGCCCUCCCAAGUGAUUGACCACGGGCGGAAACCCACCCAGCAGGAUGCUUACCAGGUACAUGUGGGAACCAUGAGGGCCACAAGUGUGGGCUGGCUCAAACUGAGAAGUGCCAACCCUCGGGACCACCCUGUGAUUCACCCCAACUACUUGUCAACAGAAACCGACAUCCAGGACUUCCGUCAGUGUGUGAGGCUGAGCAGAGAAAUUCUUGGGCAAGAAGCCUUGGCUCCCUUCCGGGGCAAAGAGCUGCAGCCUGGAUGCCAUGUCCAGUCAGACCAAGAGAUAGAUGCCUUUGUGCGGGCAAAAGCAGACAGUGCUUACCACCCAUCCUGCACCUGUAAGAUGGGCCAGCCCUCUGACCCCACUGCCGUGGUCGACCUGCAAACCAGGGUCCUUGGGGUAGAAAACCUCAGAGUCAUCGAUGCCUCCAUCAUGCCCAGCGUGGUCAGUGGCAACCUGAAUGCUCCCACAAUAAUGAUUGCAGAGAAAGCAGCUGACAUGAUUAAGGGGAAUCCUGCACUCUGGGACAAGGAUGUUCCUGUCUACAAGCCGCAGACUCUGGCCACCCAGCGUUAAGGCAGCCACUGCCUGAGGAUCAUAGAGGAACUCAUGUCAAGAGAUCCAACUCAUACGGCCCUGCCCCCAGAUAGUUCCUGAAACUGUGUAGAACCUUGGGACCCAGAUAUCCCUACUCAUGGCUAAGACCUUCAUGGUAUCUGAAGAAAUAAGGCCAUGGUAGUAAGUGAGGCAAGGAGGAAGGCUAACCUGCACAAUGGGAUCCUCCUCCCGACCUCCCGGGGUUAAAAGUUCAGGAGGUUAACUCUUGCAUGAUUUUCUCACCAGCCCUCCAGCCAUCUCCAGUCCAGUGUUCUGCUGCCAGGAGUGGAAUGAUCCCUUCCCUGGCCUCCCACCUCAGGCCACUUCUGCACAGGCAGGGUGCUUGAACUGGACUGGGUUCUCCAAGGACGCUUUAGCUGAGGCCAAGAGCCAGGGCUGGUACCUGAGCUCAUGUCCACGAUGAGAGGAAAGGCAGCCAGCCAGAGGGUGCUGGCCGUCCCUUCUCCUGCCUUGAUCAACUCUGAAGAGUGGGGUGCAGGGGUGGGGGCUCAAGGAACCGCACAACUCACCUGCCUUGUCCUGACUGUCCUGACAAGAAAACGAAGACCAGUUUUUCUAAGAUGUCCAAAGCCACCAUCUACAUUAGGGAAGAAAAGAAUCACUGUAUAGAAACCUGCAUGGCGAGGCCUAGAAAAGAGGGGGAUAUCAGAAUCCCAGGCUCCACGAGGGUUGACUGGGAGUGGCUGGAGCCGCCGUCUGGACAUCUGAGAAAGGCCUUUCAGAAAGGUUGAAGUAAACCACUGCAUUUCUUUCAAAAACCAGGUUGAUUUUGUUUCGUCUUACCUGUGCCUUGCCUUCUUUUUUUUGCCCACCGUGUUCCAAAAGAAAGUCAAGAAAGAAAACCCUAGGUCUGAGCUUCUCACAGAGCAGAUGCCACGCGGCAGUCGUCCGUGGCGCCCUCAGCAGUGAAGGUGCCACCCUGGGAGGGCCGUGUUCUGCUCUCAUGCAGCCGUGAUAAAGAAGCCUGGACUCCGUCGAGCUCCUCAGUUAUAGCCAGGCCUUUCUCUCACCGUGGCAUACCAAGGCAGGCUCCACGUGUUGGUAUGACUUAGCCACACGAGGAAACGUGUCUCUGGAGACGAAAAGUGAAGGUUACACGCCCAGAACUCAAAGAUGGCAAGUGGGAAAUUGCUGUUGGGGUUCAAACUCAGGACAGAACAUGGGAUUCAGAGGCUUCCUCGCUGGAGUCCUGAUGGCCUAACAUGGCAGCUCCUGUUUCCAGCCCGAGUAGAACAGUCCUGCCUGCAAUGCUGAAUCCAAAUGCCAGGGCUGUCUGGGAGUCCCAGCGCCACGAGGGAGCCAGAGCGGUGGAAUGACGCAAGCCUGCUUGGGUUACAAAGUGGGGCCCCCACAGGCCAUCAGACUGAGUCUCAUGGGGACCUGGACAGACUUUGUUUUGGCUAAGCACGCUCCUUGGCAAGGAGCCUGUCAUGCCUAAAACACGGAAGGCAACAGGUUGCCAAAACUGGUGCACACGAACCUUGCAAGCGCACGGCCCAGGGUUGACCCUUAGAAUCAGGAAGCAGCCGCUGCACUUGUGAGCUGUGUUGAGAGAACUUGCAUGUAUCUUGCUGUUGGCCAAAUGUGUUCCUGACAGAUCCCAGGGGAGACAGGAACAACUCACCAGCAUGACCGGAAACGGUCACAGAAGCAGGAGGUGGAAGCACCGUGACAUUCAAGCCUUCUGCCUCCGGUGCCCGCUGCAGGGUUACUUUCCAUAAAUGCAAAAUGGGCUCUUCCCACCUGCCACGCCGUGUCCCUCAGGCCCCAGGACUUUCCAUAUUUCCACUGAUAAACUACCACGAUAUCAAAUCUAAUGCAAAGAUUUUUUUUUUUAAUCUUCAGGAUUGGGGGGGGAAGAACAUGACCUACCCCUAGGCCCUAGUUGGUAGCCUGAGUGGCCCCUGCUGGCUCAGCUGCACAUUCUUCCAACCACCCCUCGUUCCCACAUCAGAGGCCAGCGUCUGAGACUCUCCCUCAGGCCCCACUGCCCUCCCGGUUCCCAGGAAGCAGAGCUGGAGUGUGUGUGUGUGUGAGUGUGCGUGUGCACAAUGUGCGUGUGCGCGUGCGUGUGCCCCUGCCCGUGAUGUGGCACUCUGUUUUUUACAAGUAAACCAACACUCCACCCCUGAAACAAAGGUACAGGUGAUACUGGUCUUGCUGAAGGACUGGCCUACUGGGCAGUGGGCAGUGCAGCCUAGCCACAGUCUCAAGGAGCUAGGGCUGUACCCUCAAAGCACACCCCUCUAGAGCUACAGAGUGGGGUCCACAUUCCUAACAGACCUUCCAAAUGAGGUGCUUGCUGUUGGCUGGUGGAUCAAUAGCGAUUUCCACACUUCCUAACGUCGUUUUUAAAAAAAAAAAAAAAAGCUUCAACUAAAUGCAGCGAUCCAAAGAACUCAAAAUCAUUUCGGGGGUGGGGUAUUUAGCCUUAAAACUUCUUUAAAGAGAGGGGAAGAAAAUCAUGCUCUACAACUUCAAAUGUUUCUUACAAAGAGAAAUUUAAUAUUCGAUGAGAGGUUGAACCAGACUUAAAGCAGACAUCCUGGGAAGUGGGGCAGCCUGAAAAGCCAGGCAACAUUGACGGGCAGACUUGGGGAAAGAUAAUCACCCGCUUCAGAACACGCAGUCCUGGCGUGGGGAGCAUGAGCUGCUGAUGUUAAGUCGCACAGUCAGACAGACACUCAGCAAGACAGAGUCCAAGGUGGAUGCUGAUGGUGGAUUAGCCCUUGAGGAGAAGCAGCCCUGUCUGCAGCUGGUGCAAAGUUACUAUUGGCCUUGGAGGAGGAGCCCGAGGGCAGAAAAAGCUGCCUGAGCCCAGGGCUGCGUGGGAGCACCUGCCCCUCUGAAGCUCUCUCGGCAGAGCCAGCUCUGUGAGGAGAGCUCCCGGUACAAUGAAAGUAUUACACAGUUUAUUCUGAAGAACAUUUUGCAUUUUAAUAAAAAAAAAGGCUUUAUGUCAGGAAAUAGUCAUUUACAAACCUUGAAGUGUUUUUGCCUGCAUCUGGAGUAAGAAUGUCCUAGGAAGAGGUUUGUGAGGUCUUUGUAACAAAAGUGUUAUUUACAAAAAGAAAAAAAAAGUUUUUUUCCA